CAGUAGUAGAGAGAAAAAGAAACAAACAAAGGACCUUUCUUUCUUCUCCCUCCAUUCCCAUACCCCUUUUUUUAUCAGUGCUUUCUCUCUCUAUCUUCAGUCGUUCACUCCCUUUUCACAGGGGAGAGAGGGAAAGGGAAAAAAAAAAAAACAACAGAGAAGCACAAAAGAAAAGGAAAAAGGGGGGAGGACUAGUCAGGGCUCAGGGGCUAUGGCUAUCAUCCGUCAAAGAAACGUCUCCACUGUUUCCCCCUAAUGUGCUCUCUGCUCUGCUUCCUCUCUCUCUCUCUACCUCAUUAAUCCUCCGCUUCCAUUUUCACUUUUCUCAGUUUCUGUUCUGGUCUCCAUUAAGAUGGUCCUUGAUUAGCCGAACAACAAUCCAAUUUGCGUCUCUCUACGAUUUGGAUUCACCUCUCUCUCUCUCUCUCUCCCUUUUGUUUUCUUGCUUCUGUUGGUUUUUGCUUUUGCCUCUGUUUUUUUCUUGACAGACUCUGUUUUUGUUGGUUUUAUUUAUGCUUCCGAGUAAAUAGACCACCGCACACAAACAAAGAGCAAAGGGUAUCUCGAGAUUGGCGUCUUUGAGAUAGAGACCCGCAAAAAGGAACCACCUUCCCUCCGAUUCCUUUUCUCCAAACUCUCGAGAGCAAAAAAACCCACCACCACAACUCUGUCAACCAUCUUUCUUUCUUUGUGAUGCUGGAGAGAGGAGGCUCUCAGGAGAGAGAGCCUGCUUAAACCCGCAAACGCCCUAACUAGAAGAAGAAGAUAGCCCAGAGCUCUCUCUGUAUCAUUGUAACCCACCAUCAAUAACAAGCCUUUCCUACCUUUUCCACAAAAUUUUAUUCCUCUUUCAAUCUUUGAACAACAAAUCGACAGGCGUUUCUGGGUUUUACUUUUACCUUGUUUGUUGUUGUAGUAGUGUAUGGGUUAGUGUAUCUAUGGCUCUGUCAAUCCACCAUAGCAAUCAUAAUAAGGAGGUCUUCAAUAAGAAUCAACAGCAGCAGAUGGAUUCCAGCAAGUACGUUCGCUACACUCCGGAGCAAGUAGAUGCAUUGGAGAGGGUUUAUGCUGAAUGCCCCAAGCCCAGUUCCUUGAGGAGGCAGCAGCUCAUUCGGGAGUGCCCUCUUCUCUCCAACAUUGAGCCCAAACAGAUCAAAGUCUGGUUCCAGAACCGCAGAUGUCGCGACAAGCAAAGGAAAGAAGCAUCCCGUCUUCAGACGGUGAACAGAAAGCUUACCGCAAUGAACAAGCUGUUGAUGGAGGAAAAUGACCGCUUGCAGAAGCAGGUCUCUCACUUGGUGUAUGAGAAUGGUUUCAUGCGCACAGAGAUCCACACUGCUUCAGGAACGACCACAGACAAAAGCUGCGAGUCUGUGGUCAUAAGCGGUCAGCAGCAACAACAACAGCAGCAGAACAACCCAUCAAGUCAGCAUUCCCAAAGGGAUGCUAGCAACCCAGCUGGCCUUCUCGCAAUAGCUGAGGAGGCCCUGGCAGAGUUCUUGUCCAAAGCUACAGGAACUUCUGUCAACUGGGUCCAGAUGAUUGGGAUGAAGCCUGGUCCGGAUUCUAUUGGCAUCGUAGCUGUUUCCCGCAACGGUAGUGGCGUAGCAGCACGAGCCUGUGGCCUCGUGAGUCUUGAACCCACGAAGGUCGCUGAAAUCCUCAAAGAUCGUCCAUCUUGGUAUCGCGACUGUCGAUGCCUGGAUGUGAUGAGCGUGAUUCCUACUGCCAAUGGGGGCACAAUUGAGCUCAUUUAUAUGCAGACAUAUGCGCCAACCACAUUGGCUGCAGCAAGAGACUUUUGGACUCUGAGAUACACCACCGCAAUGGAGGAUGGCAGUCUUGUGAUUUGUGAGAGGUCCUUGACGACUUCUACAGGUGGUCCAGCUGGGCCACCAUCAUCAGGAUUUGUUAGGGCUGAAAUGCUUCCAAGUGGUUAUCUAAUUCGACCUUGUGAUGGUGGAGGGUCCAUGAUUCACAUUGUUGAUCAUGUUGAUUUGGAAGCUUGGAGUGUCCCUGAAGUUUUGAGGCCUCUAUAUGAAUCUUGCAAAAUGAUUGCUCAGAAAAUGACCCUCGCGGCCUUGAGGCACAUUCGACAAAUUGCACAAGAGACUAGUGGAGAAGUUCAGUAUGGUGGAGGCCGCCAGCCUGCUGUAUUGAGGACAUUCGGUCAGAGGCUCUGCAGGGGGUUCAAUGAUGCUGUCAAUGGAUUUGCAGACGAUGGAUGGUCCCUCCUAAAUGGUGAUGGUGCGGAGGAUGUAACUAUUGCCAUUAACUCGUCUCCAAACAAAUAUCUUGGUUCACAGUAUAAUGGGUCAAUGUUCCCAUCUUUUGGAGGAGGGGUGCUCUGUGCAAGGGCAUCAAUGCUGCUUCAGAAUGUGCCUCCCGCUUUGCUUGUUCGGUUUCUAAGGGAACAUCGUUCUGAGUGGGCUGAUUAUGGAGUUGAUGCCUAUUCUGCUGCAUGCCUCAAGUCCAGUCCAUAUGCUGUUCCAUGUGGCAGGCCUGGUGGUUUCCCUAGUAGCCAAGUCAUCUUGCCUCUUGCUCAUAAAGUGGAGCACGAAGAGUUUUUGGAGGUGGUUCGUUUGGAGAGUCAGGCCUUCUCACCUGAGGAGAUGGCUCUAGCACGAGAUAUGUACCUGUUGCAGCUAUGCAGUGGAGUUGAUGAAAAUGCUGUUGGCGCCUGUGCUCAACUUGUUUUUGCCCCUAUUGACGAAUCAUUUGCUGACGAUGCUCCUCUUCUUGCAUCGGGCUUUCGUGUCAUUCCACUGGAUGGUAAAACGGAUGGGCCUGCUGCGACUCGAACAUUAGAUUUGGCAUCUACCCUUGAGGUUGGGGCAGGAGGGGUUACUCGUCCAGCCACUGAAUCUGACUCAAACAGUUACAAUCUGAGAUCAGUCCUCACAAUUGCAUUCCAGUUUAGCUUUGAGAACCAUUUGCGUGACAAUGUGGCAGCCAUGGCUAGGCAGUACGUGCGAAGUGUUGUUGCUUCCGUUCAGAGGGUUGCAACAGCCAUUGCACCUUAUUCUGGAAUAGGUUCUCAAGUAGGUGGCAAAUCAUUCCCUGGCUCCCCAGAGGCUCUGACUCUCGCUCGCUGGAUCAAUAGAAGUUACAGGGCGCAUACUGGAGGAGACCUCUUUCGUGUGGAAAAUUCACAAGCUGGGGAUGCUUUGCUGAAGCAGCUGUGGCACCACUCUGAUUCAAUCUUGUGCUGCUCCCUGAAAACUAACAAUGGAUCGCCUGUCUUCACCUUUGCAAACCAAGCUGGGCUGGACAUGCUGGAAACAACAUUGGUGGCUCUCCAGGACAUCAUGCUGGAUAAGAUCCUGGAUGACGCUGGGCGGAAGGUUCUGUGCUCUGAGUUCUCUAAGAUCAUGCAAGAGGGGUUUGCAUAUCUGCCAGCAGGGAUCUGUGUGUCGAGCAUGGGGCGACCGGUGGCUUACGAGCAGGCGAUUGCAUGGAAAGUAGUCAACGACGAUGAUUCGCAUCACUGCCUGGCUUUCAUGUUCGUCAACUGGUCCUUCGUGUGAAAUCUAUCUCUAAGUCUAUGUAUCUCAAGUUAUCUAUCUAAGUUAUAUUAUUAGGGCAGCUCGUCUGUGGAAAGAUGCGCACUUUUCUGAAGCACAAACAGGAAACCUUAGGUAUUAUGGAUGUUGGUUGUUAGUUGUUAGUGACGUGUGAGUGGCAUGGAUGGAUAUAUUGCCCAUUUUGUUGGUGUUAUUGUUGAUGGAUAAUGGUUCGUUGCUUGCUUAUCAAUUUUCCGUAACACUUUUCAAGCGUUUCCUUAUAAUCCCAGUUCAAUAUUUGUUUGAUAAAAAAAAAAAGAGGAGGGAAAGAAAGCAGAGGCAGGCAGAGAUAUCGCACUGAUCUUUCAAAACCCCUUUUCCUUCCUCUCUCCCUCAUACGCUUCCAAUUUACUCACGAGCAGAACGAACCCUUUCAUUUUAUUGCUGUGACGUGCAAGCUGCUGCUGUACUGUUCCUUUUCCCCUGCUCUAUUGCAGUUUGAUUUGGGGUAACGCAGUAGGUAUAGUCAUCUAUUUUGUUUCUUUCUGUGUCAUUGUUUGUACUGUGUAACGUACGUAUAGAUUACUACACGAGAGAGAGAGAGAGAGAGCAGUAACUAGUGACUAGUAAGUAAUAAGGAAGCGCCAUUAAUGGAUCAAAUAGGCAUGAAUGAUGAAAGCGGAAGCAGAGAAGCAGCAGACCAGAGCCGUCCCUUUAUUACCAUGGCAGAGAAGAGAAGGGAGAGAUUUAGUAGCAUCUAUCUCGGGUUAAUAGACAGAGACAGACUAUCAGAUUUAAUUAGUAGUAAGCUACUACUAUCACGAAGCAUUGCCGGAGAGGUUGAAGCAGGCUGCUCUACUUACUACCUUACUUGACGCCGUUCACUAAAGAAAAGAGAGAUUUAUGGCGACAUUGACACUCAUAGAGAUAUAUAAAUUUAUGGUAUUCGUCUAUAAUUAGCCAAGCCUAAUCUAUUAAAUUUUUUAUGGAAACCUGUGGAAGCCUAAUCUGUUAAUUAUCUCCUGUAAAUUGUAUACUUAUAACUACAACUUUAAUACCAGGGUCCUAGCUCUUUUGGUGAGACAUCAUUUCUCCUUUCUUGCAUGUCCACACCAUAUUUUUCAACAAAUACAUCAUUUGCUGGUCUUUGAUCACACCAUUAGAGAAUUGUGAAAUCAUUCUUCAAGUAAUCAUAUGAUAUUAUCAAACUAUCUUAUUGUUAUACAAAAGAGAGAGAGAAGAGAUGAGAGAAUCAAGAGAUAGGACUAUACUUGUAGAAGAAAUGCGCGCGGUUUAUUUCAUUAUUCUUGAAGAACUGAAGCUUCGUAUAUACAGUAUGGUUCAACAAACGAGCAAGUGUUCCAACUGUAAGAACUAAGAAACCAACAAUAGCCGUCCCACCGGGUUUGUGAGAAUGUGUAACAUUGGAUCUUCCGAUCGAGCUGACCAAUUGUCUAGCGAUUUCUUAACAAUUUGAAACCUCGAGGUACAACUAAUAUGAACAAAUCUUUGAUAAACUGAUCCUGAUUUUAUUUAGGGAUCGUUUAGAUGGGUUAAUUGUCAAUGUGGUAUUUGUAGAGUCAAAUAAAUCAUUUAUUAUUCAUGUGAUAUUUCAGUGUUAUUUCAAUGGUAAUUGAAAUAAAGUAUCUCGUUUGGUUGAACCAUGCAAUUGUGGUAUUUGGUAAAAGCAGAGUGAUAAAACGAGUUAUUUCAAAAUAACACAUGAGUAUAAAUUAUUUCAAAUAAC